AUGGCAGGCUCCAGGGGAAACAGCAUCUUCCCUCAAAACCCCUACCACAUCCCUGGCUACGGGGGCUACGUCCCUCAGUUCACCUUCAGCUUUGGGGACACCUAUGGCAGAACCACCCACGAGCUGCUGACAGAUCCCAGUGUCAGGAAGAGCCCUCGCUCCCUGCUGGCACCCCUGGACUACAGGGAAAACCUCCUCCAGUACCAUUACCACAUCGACCACCCCGGUUAUGUCACCUACCAGCCCAUCUCGAGCCCUCCCGAGAUCCCCCUGGGGCCGCAGCCCGUGCCCACGGUGCUGGAGGAGCCGGUGCAGCCCCCCGUGGAUGCCCAGGGCUGGCAGGGCCCCCCAGGAGCCCAGCAGGGCUGGCAGGGCCCCCCGGGAGCCCAGGGGGGCUGGCAGGGCCCGGGGCUGGCCCCGCACCCCGCGGCCGAGCAGCUGCAGAGGGAGCUGGCCCUGGCACCCCUGGCACGGCUCCUGGGCAAAGGGACUGGGCCGUGCCAGUGCCACUGUGCAAGGAGCCCGACGCAGCUGGAAACCGGAGGUGUGGCACUGCCAGGAGGGGUUGCAACAGCAGAUUACACAUUGCCAGUGCUGCCAGUCCCCAAUGCCAUCCGACAGAAAGCCACCUUAGGGUACACUGGCUACAUCCCCUGCUCCCUGGACAACGUUGGCAUGACCUACCUGCUGUCUGUGAAGAAAGCCAUGAAGGAGUUUGACCAUCGCCAGCUUUUGGAGAGAAAUCCACCUUACACGUUGGGCACGAGAUUCCCCCUGACACACUGGCCAGACACCAAAAUUUACAGCCGUGCUGGACUCAUACCCAACUACAUGGGCUUUGUACCACACUUGCAGGACAUCUGUGGGCUCACCUAUGGGGACGGCACACGGGAAGCGUACCGCUGGGAACAGAGGAGACGGGGACUUGCACUGUGAAAACUGCUUUAAUGGUGCCUGUACAGCAUUGGGAGUGACUCGGAAACAGCAAUAAUAACACAACACAAACAGAACUUUUGAAUGAGAGAGUUCAUACAACUUUAAACAAAAUUUACAGGUGUUCAACUGCAUAGCUUUACUCUGCCUCCUCCUCAGCCUCCUCCUCAAACUCUCCCUCCUCCUCAGCUGUGGCAUCCUGGUACUGCUGGUACUCAGACACCAGGUCGUUCAUGUUGCUCUCAGCCUCUGUGAACUCCAUCUCGUCCAUGCCCUCACCCGUGUACCAGUGCAGGAAGGCCUUUCUGCGGAACAUCGCAGUGAACUGCUCAGAAAUGCGCUUGAACAGCUCCUGGAUGGCCGUGCUGUUGCCAAUGAAGGUGGCAGACAUUUUGAGGCCGCGAGGUGGAAUGUCACAGACCGCUGUCUUAACGUUAUUAGGGAUCCAUUCAACAAAAUAGCUGCUAUUUUUGUUCUGAACAUUUAGCAUCUGCUCAUCCACCUCUUUCAUGGACAUGCGGCCCCUAAAGACAGCGGCCACGGUCAGAUAGCGGCCGUGACGAGGGUCACACGCCGCCAUCAUGUUCUUGGCAUCGAACAUCUGUUGGGUGAGCUCUGGCACGGUUAGAGCCCGGUACUGCUGGCUCCCACGGCUGGUAAGAGGAGCAAAACCAGGCAUGAAAAAGUGCAGACGUGGGAAGGGAACCAUGUUCACCGCCAGCUUCCGCAGGUCAGCGUUGAGCUGGCCCGGGAACCGCAGGCAGGUGGUGACACCGCUCAUGGUGGCUGACACGAGGUGGUUCAGAUCACCGUAGGUGGGGGUCGUUAACUUCAGUGUUCUGAAGCAAAUGUCGUACAGCGCCUCGUUAUCGAUACAGUACGUCUCGUCCGUGUUCUCCACCAGCUGGUGCACCGACAGCGUGGC